AUGAAAACCCCCGGGUUGAAUCGAUGCCGACCACAACCUGCGUCCUCACCUCUUGACCCCCUGUCAGGUGAAAGCACGAGGGGUCUCAAGCCGGAUUAUCUGCCAUACUGGCCAGCCAUAGCAAGCAAAGAUGAGAUUCCAGAAUGGCUCCAAGACAAUGAUUACAUUCUGGGAAGCCACCCUAUGCCCACAUAUUCCUAUGAACGGUCUUUGCGCCUGUGGCAUUGCUUGCAUAUGGAGACUAUGAACAUAUGGACCCAUCUGCUCAGCUCCUUAGCCUUCAUUGCCAUUGGUUUUACACUCAUAGCCAAGGACAUUGAUUUCAGCCGCGGGGAUGCAGUUGCUUUUGGGUCCUUCUUGGUCUCAGUGGCUAUCUGUUUUGGCCUGAGUGCUGGCUUCCAUACACUAAGAAGUCAUUCUUACAACAUCCACCACCUCUGGGGCAAGAUGGACCUUCUGGGCAUCUGUUUUCUAGCUCUUGGGGCUGGAACAUCUAUGACAUAUUACGCCUUUUAUUGCAGGCCCUCUAUCCAGUGGAUGUAUUGGGGACUGAAUCUAUUAUCCGCAAUAGGAGCUGCUGUCACUCUGUUUGAUACCGGUGGUGGAGGCAGCAAGAUGCGAACCCUCCGAGGAGGCGUCUUCUCAUUGCUUGCAGUCUCUGCUAUGUUACCCGUCAUCCAAACCGUGAUAGAGCGAGGCUGGACUAGUGCACGCAAUGAAAUUGGGGCUGGGUGGUAUCUUGCAGAAGCAUUCUCCCUACUGACCGGAGUGACUCUGUUUGUCUCUCGAUUCCCAGAGAGAUUGAGCCCUGGGACCUUCGACAUCUGGGGCCAUUCGCAUCAGCUUUGGCACGCAUUCGCUGUACUUGGCUGCAUCUUUCAUUUCUUCGGUCUCGUUUCUGCAUACAAGUAUCAUUGGUUGCACAAAGUCUGUUGA